AUGUCUCAUCAUGAUUCCAGCUGCCCCUCAUGCGGCAAAAUCUUCAAAGACCACACUUCCAUUGCUCGUCAUAUGAGCCAGCCUCGGUCCGGAUGCAACACGUGGUUAGAGGAUAUGAUCAACUCCAUUUCACCUGGUGAAGAUCAUAACAUGGGCUCUGCAGAUGACGAGGCCUUCGCUGGACUUCCUUGUGAUGUUUCUUAUGAUCUGGGACUUGGAGGCGAGGAAAAUUUUCAUUAUUUCGGUGCAGGAGGAGAGGACAUCCCUGAUGGAAAUAAAGUGCAUGCUGAGCCUACUCUGGCCUAUGAGGACAGCUACACAUUUCUGGGGCUGUUUGAUGCGGAUGAAAACAGCGUAUAUCAGAAAACGAACCUCUAUUAUCUGUUUAGCAGUCGACAAGAUUGGCAACUUGCAGCAUGGCUCUUACAUUCAGGCCUAAGCAUGGGGAAGAUUGACUCUUUUCUAUCACUCGAAAUGAUCAAGGAUUUACCCUUGUCAUUCCGCUCCACCAGAGAACUAUGCAGUCAAGCUGAGAUGCUGCCCAGUGGUCCAUGCUGGAAGUCUCAAGUCAUUCAUACAUCGCAUCCUACAAAGUCGCCAGUCAUUCUGUACUGGCAUGACCCUAUUGAAUGUAUCGCCAGCAUCUUCAAUCACCCACUGUUUCACCGUCAUAUGGAUCUCAUGCCUCGCAAGAUUUACUCUACUGCAGAGAAACUAUGUCAUGUAUACACCAGAUGGAUGUCAGGAAACGACACAUGGGAUAUGCAAUCGGCAAUACCCAAGGGUGCAACCCUCCUUGGCACCAUUCUCUCCUCUGACAAGACAAACAUCACUGCAUUAACAGGGGAUCAUGUAGCUCAUCCGCUCCUAAUUAGCCUCUCCAACAUCCAUAUGAAUGUACACUUGAAAUCGUCAACCAACUCUUUCGUUCUCACUGCCCUGUUACCAGUCCCCGAGUUCAUUCACAAGAAAAAUCGGUAUUGCUUCACUGCUCUCAUGAGCUAUAUCACCGACACCCCCGAGGCCAUGAUGCUGGCAGUCAUUGGUGGAAAAACAUCGCCAGUGAUGAUGGCAAUGUAUAAGCAGUUCAGGGAUGCAUUCCAUCAUGAACCCCAGACAAAAUCAAUGAUGAUUGCACAGCUCGCUGUUGUGUGCUCAUGUGCUGAUCCUGAUGAUCUCGAGGCAUAUUUCCCAGACCCCUCCCGGUUUCUUAUACUGGAAUCACUCCAUCAUCAUAAAGAAUUCUUUGACCAUGACACCCAAUGGCUCAUUCGCGCUGUUGGAGAUUCUGAAAUAGACUUCUGGUUCUCAGUGUUACAGCCCAUCACCAGUUAUCGACACUUUUACGGUGGCAUCUCCAAAUUAAAACAAGUCACUGGUCGCUGUGAACAAGAAAUUCAAUGUUAUAUCAUCGCUAUCAGUGUGGAUGCAGCACCUCCUUGUGUCAUCACUGCUGUACGUGCACUCAUGCAGUUCCGGUAUCUCAUACAGUCGCCACAUACAGUGGCUCAAAAAAGUGUCUCAAUGUUUGUUGGUUUUCAUGGAGGUGUCAGAAAGGUCCACCUCCCAGCUAUAUUUAUGUUCCCUAUAGUGUGGGAGGCCGACACUACCGUGUGA